AUGUCGACGAACAACAAAGGGAAUAAUCCGCCGAGAGCAAACCUCCGGCAGAAAGUAGAGGUUUUAGAUUAUAUGGCUGAGCAUCCAGCACUCUCACAGAGAAAUGUGUUGGCCCACUUCAAGGAGAUGCAUAAAUUUAGCAUUUCUCAAGCAACACUUUCCACAUGGAAAUUAAAAGAACCCGAGAUUCGGAAACAGUAUUCAGAGCAUCCAAAUCUUGAGGAGUAUCGAAGGCAGCCCGUAUUCAAACAUCCAGAAGUCACCAAGGCUGUAAGCGACUAUGUAAGCAAGAUGGCGAAGAAUGGGAUUCUUAUCACCAAUGAACUAAUUAGAAAAGCGUUUGAGCGGUAUUUAAUCGAAUACGGAUAUUCGCCUAAGGCAAGUUGCGGGAUGAUCUCGGCUUUUAAAAAGAGAAAUGCCAUUAAGCGGGGUCGCAUGUUGGAAAUUCCAGGCAAAUAUAAAGCUAAGAGCAUAAAUUACAAAGAGGAUGAUCCAAACAAGCCAAAUCAGACAAAGGUGGCUUCAAAAAAUUCGAAGUAUCCUGAAAUCCAAACAAUUGUGCCUUCUGUUGAAGUUGAUGAUUUACUAAAUUCGGCUUCCACUUCGGAUGAUUCUUCUCAAGUAGCUGAAAAUAAAGCAGUAACGGCUUCUUCGUCAUUUUCUCAGUUAUCCGGCAAUGAUCCAGAAUUUGACAUUAAUUUUGAACAGUUUCUAAAAGCAAACAAGGGAGUUGGAUUCAACACAAGGUUAAUUCAUUCAGAUGAUCGCUUUCCGACUACGAUUCCUGGCGUCGGGUCUUUUACUCAAAAUAGCUAUUUGGGAAGUCUUCUUGGCUCGAGUUAUGAUUCUGAAUUUCAAAACGAUCAAUUAGUUUCAAAGACCGGAGAAAUACCAAUUACAUCAAAUUUGAAUAAUUCAAACUAUUCAGGUGGACUUAGAGGUGAAGAUCAUUUAAAUAGUUCGACAUCUCAGAGUCUUGAUGGAUCAAUACAACAUGCUAUACCAUUAACAUAUGAAAACACAACAGAUAGAAGACCUUUGGGCCCAUUUGAUAUUUCAGCCAAUUCACCUGAAGCAAAGCGUGCACGCAUAUCAGGUUAUGAGGAAAAGAAGUCUGAUGAUGAAUCAAAAAAACUACCCUACUAUCCAACAUAUCAAUCUCCAAUGCAGUAUGGUGGAGAUAUCUAUGAACGUCACAGGAGACCGUAUAUUUUGGAAAACUUUGCAUGUUCCAGAACCUCACGUCCAAACUCGGAAAAAGCCGAGAAGAUACUAGAAAAUAUCACGGAUGGUUACGUUACAAUAUAUAACUCCGGAACGUCAGCUAUAAUGGGAAUACUUUCGUACUUGAACCCCCGCGUUGUCUGUAUAAACAACUCAGGUUAUCAGGGAACCCAUCAGGUUAUAAAUCUUCUUUCUAAACUCACUGGUUUGAAAAAAAGAAAUCUUGAAGAAACAGAUCAACUAGUUCCAAAAUCCGUAAUUCUUUUGGAAACUCCAAUGAAUCCAGAAGGAUAUCUUCUCGACAUAGAAAAGUUUGCAAAGUUGGCGCAUGAUAAGCAGUCAUAUCUCUUAGUGGACUCUACUUUAGCACCUCCACCUCUUCAGUUUCCAUUCAAGUUUGGUGCUGACUACAUAGUUUAUUCUGCUGUGAAAUAUUUAGCCGGCGUUUCUGAUUUGAGUGCUGGAUUCGUUGUUUCGAAGCUCAAAACAGAUAAGGCUGCACUGCACAAAGAGAGAUUUGCCUUGGGAACGAAUAUUGCGAACUUUGAUUCAUUUUUGCUUCUCAGAUCUCUUCGCACAUACAAAAUGAGAAUUCUUACACAAUGCUCCAAUACAAAGAAGGUGGUUCAUUACUUAAAGAAGCAUUUGAAUAAGUACUCAGGAGUUGUUACCAAGUUGCACCAUUCAUCUCUGCAGACUAAUAGUAAUUGCUUCCAAACCCAAUUGAACAGCUGCUAUAAUCCUGUGUUUGCUUUAGAGUUUAAGGCCAGGAGGUUGGCCGAAGCUGUACUAACAAGAUUUAAUUUUCUCAGCAACAAUCCAAAUCUAGAAGGCGGUGAAACAUUGGUGGAGCUUACCUUUAAAAAUCCAAAUUUUGUUGAUUCGCAGGUCGAUCACGAAACUAGAAGUAAUUUAUUAAGAUUCAGCAUAGGCUGUGAAGACUAUAUUGACAUCAUUAGGGAUAUCAAUCAGGCACUUGAAAGUGUCAAAGACUCUUCAGUCAGUUCACGCCAUCUACGCGAGGCGUCCUGA